ACUCUUUGUGAAUUGGCCCCUCAUUCAAAUGAGUCUUUGUGGGUUGACGUGCCUGGUCUUCUUCAAGUGGUUGAUAGUUCUCUUAACUGUGUUUUUGUUUUCAGGAAUCCAAGUUGCCCAUUCCAAUGAACUGAUAAAUAGUGAAGAAUCUGCCUUUGAUAGCUUUUCGACAUCGAAAAUAAUAAAUAUGGAUAUGAGCAGUCCACAGAUUAUUCGUCAGUUGCAAAGAGAAAGAAAGGAACUACUACACAAACUCGAUAAACAACGCUCGAAUUUACAAUUGAUAAAGAUGGAAAGAUCUUUUGACAUACAAAGGAAGCACGAAAAAGAAGCUGAAGAGUCCUAUCUUUUGGAUUUGGAAACGGAAUUGGAUAAGAGAAUUGCAGAGCUACAACCUAUAAUCGAUACUCUUUUUCAAAGGAGAAAGAAACUGGAAGAGAAUGUUGAGAUUUUGUCCAAAGAAGUGCGUUUUCUUCAACAAACUACAGGUCAAUAUUCUUCUGAAUUGAAUCAGUGGUUUGACUAUCAAGUAGAAACCUUGAAUCCUACUGCUCAGAAGCUUGUGAAGAAAUCUCGAGAUAUGGCAAGAAAGACUUGGCAGAAUCUGCUUAGUGCCGUCGAUGCCAACAAGAUAUUGACGGAUCAUGUUGCUUCUGAGUUUGACAGAUACUUUCAUGUGCGUGAAAAAUCAAUGGAAACCGGAGUGUUGUUUUAUCUACUCAUUUUGAUACCAAUCAUUUGUUUUGUUCGAUUCUUACUUCAUUUUACACAAAUGGCUAAAUCUCAGAUUUCCUGCAAAACUCUCAUCUUAUGCAUUUCUAGUUAUCAGAUAUCUACUUGUAUCAUGUUUUAUUUGUUUUCUUUGGUAUCUGGAAUGGAUCCACUUGUUUUAAUACAGCGCCAUUAUGAAAAUGUUCUUGGCAUUUUUGUGAUGACUACGAUGAUGUCUCUACUAGUGCUUGGAGGUUGUUUUUGUAUUCUUUACUGGAGACAACGUUAUCAGAAUGCUUUGUCUUCCUUAUUUGGAAUUGGAUCCAUUAUGUUUCAUUUUUAUGGGUGUAUACUGAAACCAGCCUUGAUGGAUGAUCCUUUGGCAGCUAUUGGGAGUAUCUAUCUUAUUUAUUGUUCAAUUUUGUACUUUAUUACAGUAGAUUUUCUACCCUUGGCAAGUUGGAAUUUUCAUCAAAACUUUCAAAAGUGGUUUGUAGUCACUAAGAUCCGUCCCAAAAAACUGUACUGUGCAAUUUGUGAGAAUCGCAAAUACUUCUGGUCUCAAUUUGGUUGUAUCUCAAGUCAAAAGCUAUUGAAUGACGUCAUCAAAAUUCAUUGGAGAAUACGAGAUAAGGUUUAUAAAUGUUCCAUUGAAAUCGGACGCUUAUUGACGAAAUUGAACAAAUUCAUAACAAAAAAACGCAAGUCCGUUACUUAUAGUCUAUUCUGCAGUCAGUCACCGAAACUUAUGGCAAUAGCGACUUCAUCACCAAACUCUAUUUCUACUUGCAAAUAUACUCAUUAUGAACGCAGUCUAUUAUUGAGGCGAGAAAACUCAUCCAACAGGUGAGUCUCGUUCAUUUUGGUUUUCUAUUCCA